UCUCUCUCUCUCUCUCUGUCUUUACCUUUUGAUUUCCAUCAUCUACUUCCAGUCAGUGCUUGAUUCGGCGUCAUUUCUCCGCAUGUGGAUCAGAGCUGCGGUGAUUCUCCGUUCGGACUGGAGUAACUUUCUUCAUCUUCAUCAUCAUCAUCAUCAUCAUCAGUGACAUUCAGUUUCACCGAUGGAGGAAAAAACACAAGUCGUCAAAGAUUCUCCGUUUUCUAUCAAGAACCUGCUGAACAAACCCGACAAACCCAGAGCUCACAUGAGCCUCUCCCUCUCCAGAGUUCCGGAUCUCAGUUUCCUGCGGUUCGGAUCCUGGUGCUGCCCGACCGGAGUCACCGGACACCCGAACACACCCGCGGAUCGAAUCCGAGACUCGACAGAAGCGCUGAAAUCAGAAGCGGAUGAUCCGGAUCCCAAAGACGAGGAUGAUGACGUUCUUCUGGAGGAAAGUGACUCGGACGAGCAGAAGACGGAGGAAAGCUCUCAGAAGAAACUUUGCCGCAAGAAAAAGACCCGCACCGUGUUUUCCCGCGCGCAGGUGUUCCAGCUCGAGUCCACCUUCGACAUGAAGCGCUACCUGAGCAGCUCGGAACGCGCCGGACUCGCCGCGUCGCUCCGCCUGACCGAGACGCAGGUGAAGAUCUGGUUCCAGAACCGGCGGAAUAAGUGGAAGCGGCAGAUCGCCGCCGAACUGGAGGCCGCGAACCUCAGUCACGCGCAGAGGAUCGUGCGCGUGCCUAUCCUGUACCACGAGCACGCGGAGAGCGCGCGCGCCGCGGGGCUGACCUUCACGCACGCACUUUACUACCCGCAUUCCCUGAUCAGACCCGUGUGAGGACCAGAGAGACUCAACCUCAAACUAACUUACCUGUCGGAAGAGUGACACACCUGCACAAGCACCUGUGCUUUAACGGGAGUUCUCGAGCAGGACUGAAAAGAUGAAGUUAAUACGUAUUUUUUGUAUAUAAGGCUGUUAUUAUUUUUCCAUAAACAGUGUGUUGUCAGCCGCAGAGGAAAAAAAUUGUUUCAUCAUUUCAAAGGGAAAUGUUGGGAAAACAACGUUUUUGUUUUUGUUUUCCGGUGUAUUUUUAAUCACGCUGUAACAUUUAAAAGAGGACAUGCAGAUUUUCAUUUGAAAUCAAUUGUUAUUGACUGUAUUUGUCAUGCACUAGUGAAUAUUUUAUUGUCUGAAAACGUCAGAAACGAUGAAUUAUGAAUCAUUGUGUUUAACUGCUCAGUGAGCUUGUCUGGGGAUUUUAGAGGAUUUCCGACAGUUUUUAUAUGAUCAUAAAUAAAUGUUCAUCACUGAAUGUGUUUAGAUGAAGUCAGGCUAAAUAAAGCGCUUCUGUUGUCGUUAUAAACUCAGUUAUUAUUGUCAUGAAGCGGCAUCAUUAUUGUUCUUUAUUUACCUUUAGAUGAAAACAAUUAACAAUCAUCAUCAGUCUGUGUUUUAUGACAUAUAGCCUAGGGUAUUUUACACGGAAAUUAACCUUUAAAAAAUGCAAAACAUUGAAUUUUAGUCAUUAGCUCAGAUCACGUUUAUUAAAAUAUAUGUUGCUGGCGCCAAAAAAAAUAAUUUUUAAACAGUAUUUAAUGCAUCUGAAGCAUUAUAAAAAACCCGCAAAUUAUUCACCCUUAAAAAUAAAGAUUUCAACACCAUUUCUGGUUCCUCAAAGAACCGUUCAGUGAUCAUUUUUUUCUUCUUUUUCUUAGAACCUUUUGUGCGGAAAGAUUCAAUGGAUGUUAAAGGUUCUUCACUGAACCAUC